AAUUAUUGAUAGCCCAAUAAAAAUUUCUUGUAAGCCCAAAAUUUAAAUGAUAAAAUUAGAUAUUAAAUGUAACAUGACUUUCUAGGAAUAGGUCCAUUAAGUCCAUUUUAAAAAAAACUCACACAUGAAUCAACGUUGUGACUUCUCUUUUAAUAUAUAAGAUUACAAAAUUCUCAUAAUAUUAAGACAUUAUAUAAUUUGAAAAUUUCUAUCUUAACAUAUUGAAUAUGAAGAAGCAAUAUAUAAUAAUAUAAUAAAAUAGUUGUGGAUCCCGUUCUAAAGCGCAAAUUAUGUUCUAAAAUAAUUUUGAUAUAGAAAAAAAAUUAUUAUAAAAUAAUGUGAUGUAAAUUUAAUCUUAUUUUGUAUUCUUUAAGAAAACCAUAUGUUAUAUAUUGAGUAAUAUAAUUUUCUUAAUAUUUUCACAAUCUUUUGUAGUUUUGACAUAAUUUUUUUUGUGCACAAUGAGAGUCAAAAUAGGGUAAUCCAUUCACCUGACUCGUCAAGUUUGUUUUAAUGCUUUUGUAAUCGAAAUAGACUACUUUAUAUUUCUAAAAUCAUUUUUAAUUGGUCGACUUUUGUUUUAAUCAAUCUGGUCUAAUCUGUUUUUUUAGUCCAUUGCACAAAAGUUUCAAUCCUAUUCUAUCACACUAUAUAAUCAAACAAUAUAAAUAUCAACUAAUUUCUAAUAUUUAAUAGCUAAUUUUUACCAAUUUCAAAUACUAAUUGAUUAUGAUAUUUGUAUCAUCUAACUAUAAGAAUUAGCUAAAGAAAUUUUGAACUAACCAAAUCUUAAAACUACGAUUGAUAUUUAAAUUAUUUAUUUCUACUUUUCAAUUUCUUAUAAUUAAUUUAUAUAUGUCUUUAGAAAUUUUAAUCAUAAAAAAUAUACAAAAAAUAAUUGGAUAUUUUACCCAAACAUCAUAGUGAAACAAAGAAGUAAUUUAUAGCAAUAUAAUAUAAAAUAUAUAAUAUUAACAGAUAUAGUUAUGUCGGGUAAAAUACAAAUAUACAUACGAUAAUUUACUCAAUAAUUUGUAUGAAUUUGAAUCUGAGAAUGAACAGUAUAGAUCUGCAUCUCUUAUAGUAGCCAAGAUUAAUACUGUUUCUGUUCUAUAAAUAAUAUUUUUAUUUUUGACACAUAUUAAGAAAAUAUAUUAAAUAUAAUAAUAUCAUAAUAUCAUAAAUGCAUCAUUUCAUGCUAUUUUUGAUUUUUAAUAAAAUUAAACCAAUAGUAAUUCAACAAAAUUAAGUUUAUAAUUUACUAUUAUUAAAUAACAGAACACAAAAAAAACUAUUUCUACUAGAUUUCUAUUGGUCAUUAAAAUCUAAACUUUAAGCAUUUUAUAUUCAGAAUGUACGUUUGUGAAAAUAGUUGAACAAAAUCCUCUUAUGUUUACAUAUCUAGCCAAUGGAAACUGACAAUUAGGGUGUAUUAGACAUGUGUUGGGUCGAAAGAUGUGUAUCUUACGGAUCAAAACAGUGAAGUUGAAAAUCCAUAAUAAACCCGAAUCUAACAUGGUAUCAAAGCUCAUAUCCUAAAUAUCAUGAACCCCUAAUUAAUAUAACCUUAUCCGACUGAAUAUAAAGGUCGUAAUUGACUCGCUCGACCGAGUAAAAUUGUCUAAAAGUUCUGAUAUUUCUUACCGAUAAGAGUCAUCAUCUCGAGGAGAGGUAUUAGAGAUAUAUAUCCCAAAUCGGGAAUUUUAAGGGACAUUAAGUAAUAUAUAAAAGGUUAGGGUAGUUGGAAUCCAAUAAUAAUUCAUUUCAUUAGGAAGUUAGAAUAUUUUAAAUAUAUUUAGAAUAUUUUUUUAACUGAGAUUUCCUAAAUUUUCUCAAAAAUCAGGUUUUCUUAUUUGUAGAAUGCACUUUAUGCACUUUCUACACUGCUUAGAACAAGACAAAUCUCAUAAGUAGAUUCUACCUCAUGUUGCCGUCAGAAUAAUGUCUAGAUUUCACAUUCUGAGAGUUGUAGAAUACGUAAUAAAAGUUGAAGCUGCAUUCGACAGAAAAGUAGAUACAUUUAAUAGAAUUCACAUUCCCUUUAUUUAGAAUUUUAAGUAAAAUUAGAUUGUUCGUUUAAAAAAAAAGUAAACAAACAUGUUUAAUCUAAAAUUUACUUUCUACUAACCGAUUUUCCGUAGAAGAUGAAUUCUACUUUUAGUAGAAUAUAAUUUUACAAUUUAAUUUAUCAAAAUUUUCACAAAAAAAACAGUUCGUGUAUGAGUGUUUUAUUAAUUGUUUCUAUUUUUACAAUUUUCUGAUUCAAAAAACUAUUUAUUUCAUUAACUUUUAGAAUUGGAAAUAGUAAAAGAGAAAAGAAUAGAUAAAAAAAAUUAUACCAAAAAGACAACCAUGAUAAAUUUUUGUUCAGUUUUGAUAAUUUUCCAAAAAAAACAAUAACUUCGUUAAGCCAGUCACAGUUUUUGGCGUAUGUGAAGAAAUGUAAAACCUUGUCGGAUAGUAUAAAUUAAGUGAAUGUAAACGUAUGGAGACAGGAAUCAUCUUCUACGAGCAGAACCAUGUGAUUUUCCUCAGUCACUUUAUCGUAUCAUAUAUGACCCAUAUAAAAAUUAAAGUCAUUGACUCUCACUAAGUCCAUUAUUCUCCCAUGCACAAUCAUCGCUAGGCCCUGUCUCCUAUCUACGAUAACUUACACUCAACACACAUAUUGACAUAUAUAGAUGUUUUAUUCGUAAGUUCAUUAUCCCUACAACAAAUUACAGAACUUACCCAUGUGAACUUGUAUUUGUAUCUUAUAGCUAAUCCGUUUGAACCGCAAGCUGAUUUAUGUUUUUUUUUUACUAACAAGCUGCUUUAUGUUUAUAUGUCAAUUAAAUCUUUAGCUUGGAGAUCGUUAGAUUCAGCUCUAAAUGUAAAAUAGUAAUCCACAUAAUUAAUUAACUAUACAAAACUCAAAAUACAUACAACGGUUAGUAGAUCCGCCACAGAGUAUUAUCAAACACUGACCCAGGUUUAAGAAACAAUAACCCAAACUACUCGUAACGUUUAGCAAAAAAAAUAAAAUAAGAAACUACUCAUAACGCGACACGUCAAUUAUAUCAUAUAAUAUAUAUGUAUGAAAAUUGCGUGAAUGUAUCCUAGAUGGCACGCAUCCCAAACCCUAUAUAAAUAAUGUGUGUAAGUAUGUCCAAAUAUAUUGAAGCACCCAAGUUCCUAAGCGAGGUGGAAACACAAGAUCCCACAAAAUCCGUUAAUGUCUUGUGACUCACAGUCACAGCCAACACAAACAGGUCACUACAUUAAAUAAACUAUAUAUAACUAUGCCUAACAAGGUCGCUGACAUGCAUUUCCACCGAGAAGAAGAAGAAGAUGCUGGAGCGAUCAGGAGAUCAUCCUCAAGAACACCGAGAGGGCAUUUCGUGGUUUACGUUGGUACGAAGUUGGAAAGAUUUGUGGUCCCCACAAGGUUUCUGAAGAGCCCUUCGUUUCAGAAUCUUCUAGAAAAGGCGGCCGAGGAGUUCGGUUACGCGGAGGCUCACCCUAAUAAGAUUGUCUUGCCCUGUGAUGUCUCUACUUUCCGAAGUCUCGUCAUGUUCCUGACUUCUCAUGACAAGUAACACAUAUAUCUGAUGUGUUAUAAUUUAAAUAUUGUCUUGUACUAUUGGAUCUUAAUUAAUCUGCGAGUGUAAGUUCUUUGUUUAUCAUAUGUUGAACAUUAUCUUAACGCGCUUUUGAUUUCCAACCUAACACUACGUAAAACUUAAGUACGUAUUGUAUACGAAACAUAAAACUCAAAAACUAAAAUCAAAUAAUGGAUGAAUUCUUAAUAUUUUCAUUACCACGGUUUACAGAAAGAAAAUCUUAGCAGGUACUGGAAAAUUUAAAGAACCCUGAAGGUUAUGGCUCUGCCUUAUAUACAAAUAUCUAAACCUAAUUGGAGAUCUAAUAGUGAUACCAAAAUAUACAGAUAACUACUAGUACCUAAAUACCCAAUAAGAAGUAAUCAGUUUUCAGAUAUGCUUAUAUCUCAACAUCCUCUUUGAAAUUGGAAUGUGUAGAUAAAAAUCAACCAACUUUAGAAAAGUACAUCAAGCUCUUUUUCAUCUAAAUCCUUCAUAGAUCAUAAGCAGGUCUCAAAAAUCACCCCGUAGUCUCAUAAACAAUGAUAAGCAAGUCAAAAAGGAAGCAUCCAAACAUACAAACAUUUGUUACACAUGGAAAGUACCAAAAGACUUUACAUCUACAGAAAUCCGGCCCAAGUCUCAUAAACAAUGAUAAGCAAGUCAAAAAGGAAGCAUCCAAACAUACAAACAUUUGUUAACUCUAAUCAUAUAGGGUGCAAUUAAUGGAGUGUGAAUUUUCACCGAAUUGGAAUUAACUGCAAACGGACAUCAAAAAGAUUAGCUACAAAUGUUGGUGGCUGAAAUUAAAACAACGAGGCAAAAUAGGAAAAGCAUAGGCUUCUUUAAGAAAAGUUAUAAGAAUAAUUGCAGAUAACAAGCAACAAACACGAUAUAAUAUAUUUAUGGUUUUAUAUAUGGUCUAGGACUCAGAAUAUAAUCUUAUAAUUAUAGCAGCAAUAGUUAAAUGUAUUGGUUUGUUAGAUAUAGCAAAUCAAUACAUUUAUUACACCAAAAAAAUCAAUACAUUUAUCUUUUGUUGUUUAUUGUAAGAUAUAUGCAUUAGUCCACCAAGUUCUAACAGAUUUCACCAAAAUCUGCAACUUAGUUUUCGUUAGUCAUGACGCUUGACCAAAUGCUGAUUCAAGUUAUUCAAGUCUCAUCGGUCGAUGCUUAGAGAAAUCAUCUCUUUAGUACAACUACCUCAGUAUAAGUAGUAGAACUCGAUACAACUACUACAGUAGAAUUAGUAGAACGUGGUAUAACUACCAGACUAGAACUUGAUACAAUUUUUUUAAAAAAUUAAAAUUCAAAUUUUUUAAAAUUUCAUUUUUUAAAAAAAUAUUAAUUUGGAAAGUCAACAAGGGUAAAAUCGGGUUUCCAUGUUUUCAUUGAAAGGUGAAGGGCAUUAAGAUUACUUAAGGAUAUAAUGGAUUUCUUUUUUCUAUAUAAGGGUAUAUGAGAUGAUGGCUAGUGUAUUUGCCUAGCUUUAAUCACUCCUAACCUAGGGUUCGCGUUUCUCCAGUGUACCAGAAUAAGUCGUAGUCCCUGUUUUCCUUUCAGGAAUGCAAAGAAUAUUUAUGUUUAACUAUUUUUAUUAAAAAAACAAAAAAAAUAACAAUUUGUGAGACCGCCACUCGAGUGAUGUAUGAUAUCAUUGUGAAAUCUUCUCCGUUCUCUCAUCAAACCAUCAUUUUUGAAGCUUGUUCUCCGACUCCGGUUUCUCUCUUAGAGCCGAAGUUGGGUUUAGUUGCCAUGGAUCAUCUCUUUUUGGGGUUUAAUCGGUUUAGAUCUUCAGUUUUAAUCCAUUUUUUCUCUCAACGAGUUUAGAUCUUGAUCUAUAUUCUUGUUUUAUCGGAGGAAAAGAGGGCUUUUGAUAAUAUGUUAUGGUUUUAUCUUGUUAGAACAUCUGCAUCAAUGAAUCUUAAGUGGGGAUCAUAACUUUAAUAUUAUAUUUUUUUUUAUUUUUUUCAUUUGAUUUUUUUUUUUUUUUUAAAUAAUAAUAAACGGACCAAUCGCGGACCGCCACGUGGCGUAGAACACGCGUUACAGUGAUGAACUGGGUUCAUCCCAUUAAACUUGCAAAAGCUGAGUUCAUAAAAAUGAAAAUAUUAUAAUUUUUUUUUUUUUGGGAAAUGUGUGAACCUCUGCAUUGAACCGUCAACGCAGAUGCUCUUACUGAUUUGCAUGCCUUUUAAUUGGGCUGGUGGUUCUGGGUUGUGAUUUGAAGCUGUGGGCUUAUCGAUUGAUUUUGCAUUUGCUCUUCGAGUUCUCCUUGAGUCUUUUCCGGUUCGACCUUCUUCCUCUCUUGCAUGUUGAGUGUGACGGAAUCCGGUUAAGGUUGUAUUCGCUCCUUGUCUUCUCCAUACGGAUCUGAUCGAGAUCUGGUCCUUGCAUGAAGCUUCUUUAAUGGCGUUCUCAAAUCAUCUCUCCGACGUCGCAGCAACUGGUUUAUUGUUACGGAACUCAACUUGUUCCGUCUUGCUGGUUCUUGAAGCUUGGAUCUUUUCAAUGGUUGGGCUAUUCACUAUAGGAGGUUUCAGUAAUCGUGGUCUAGCUGUGACGUGGCUUCCUCGACUUACUUCUAUCAAGGAUCUUGUCCAAGUUUGCAUGUAGAUUGAUCUAAGUCUUUUUGUUGGUUUCGAUCAGCUCAUCGGUUCUGUGUUGCUUUAGUUUUAGGCAUGGCAAAUAGUAAGUGUAUUUUGGUUUAAUCUUAGUUUCUUGAUUCCCAUGUGUAGGUUUCGUUUCCGGGAAUAGAUUUGUUAUAUUCUACCUCUGAAUUUCAAUAUAAUAUUCUAGUGUUUAAAAAACAAGUGAGACCGUCACUCUGUUAAGAUAAAAUUAAACGAAUAUGGAAUUCUUUUUUAAAAUUAUUAUAUUGUCCACCUAACCGAAUAACAAGCUUAAGAAAAAUUAAAUAAAUAUUGUCCACCUACCAGUCCGUCCAUACAUUGGGGUUUGCUUUAUGUGAUUAAAAAUUAUUUAAAAAAAUUGAGAAAAAGGGGACGGGAAACCGAUAAAUCGUGUAUCCCAAGUGAAAAGUCCAAUUUGCCAAAUCAGACAAUGAGAUUCAGAAGUACUCCUCUGUACGUCGCCGUUUAAUCCACGUAGACCAUAAAGCAACCGGUCAUAACCGGUAAACCCUGUCUCUUAACGUCGACAUUUUUCUUACCAGACCCGUGUUAGUGUUUCGGUCUCUGUCUUGACAAGUCCCGUUUUGUCUUCUCCCUCUAUAAAAUAACAGCUUCACUCUUCAUGACUCUUUUUUCCCCUUUUUCCACUCACUUGUCCCCUUCUCUCCCAUUCUCCGGCGACAUCGCCGGCGAUCGUUUUCACCACCGCCGCUAUAAAUUAUCCUCGUCUCCUUAGGUUUGAUUUCCUUAUAUCUCACUCACUCUAUGUUAAAACAUAUCUUGUCCUGUCCGUUAAAACCAAAGAAAUGGAAUGUCCUAAAGAACCAUUGGAAUCACAGUGUUCUUUAUCCGAGAUGGAUGAUUUCGAUCUGACUCGAGCGUUGGACAAGCCGAGGCUCAAGAUCGAAAGGAAGAGAUCGUUCGAUGAGAGGUCGAUGAGCGAGUUAUCGACUGGCUA